AAGUGCAUCGUGCAUCCGGCAUCGUCCAGAAACGCGGCCGACUUCAGUUUGUUGCCGCAAGUGCCGCAACAACGCCGAUCGGAGGAACGGGAAGGGCGGCGGUGAGGUUCGAUAAGCGAGCGAUAAGAAAAAGAGAGAGAGAGAUGAGCUUCAGCCUGCCGCAUUGAAGUCCGCGGAAGCGCAACGUAACCUCUAUAACCUCAUUCGCGUGCGAGUCGUGGUGUUCCUCGGCCGGCGGAAUGGCGGUCGGCUCGACGAAGGUGGUCCAGGUGACGAACAUCGCGCCCCAAGCCACCAAGGACCAAAUGCAGACGCUCUUCGGGUAUCUGGGCAAAAUCGAGGACAUUAGGUUGUACCCUACCAUCCGGGAUGUCGCCGUGCCCGUGCAGUCGCGCAUAUGCUAUAUCAAGUUUCACGACCAGGGCUGCGUCUCCGUGGCCCAGCACAUGACCAACACCGUUUUCAUCGACCGGGCCCUGAUAGUGAUCCCCUACCAGAACGGAGACAUUCCGGACGAGCAGCGUGCCCUGGAGCUGACCAACAAUGGCACAGUUGUGCCAGGCCUCUAUCCGUCAGAACCAAAGCUGCCCCCGAACGUAGUGAAUGCUAUCGAGGGUAUUCCUCCAAAUCACGUCAUCACCACGAUGGAUCCCAAGCUAGAGGCAAAUGGGUUACCAGCCUAUCCGCACCUGCCGGGUCAUCUGGAUAGCAGACGUAUCGAAGAGAUUCGUCGGACACUUGUGGUGGCGAAUUUGGAUUCGUCGGUGAGCCCUGAACAACUGCUGGACUUCUUCAGCAAUAACAACGUGGAGAUCAAGUACCUGCGUAUGUGCAGCAGGGACUCGGACGCCGAGCAUUAUGCGCUGGUGGAACUGUCGGAACAGGCCGCCGUGGUCGCGGCAUUGCUGCUGAAUGGAAAACAGUUGGCGGAACGUCCGAUGAAGCUGUACCACUCGACGCAGGCGAUUGCGAAGCCGGAGGCGAAGAGCAACGAGGCUGCGCAGAAGGAGAUUGAGGAGGCAAUGUCGCGGGUGAAAGAGGCGCACAACCUCAUCUCCGCGGCAAUCGACCCGAUGAUCGGCAUGCUUUCCAAGGAUAAGCGGAGCAGAAGCGGCUCGCGCAGCCGUAAGUCCAGGUCGCGAUCCCGCGGACGCAGUCGACGCUCGAGAUCACGUAAACGCUCGCGUUCGCGCCACCGACGCUCGCGCUCCCGCCAUCGGCGUCGAUCGCGCUCACGCUCCAAACGGUCUCGAUCGAAGGAGCGCAGGUCGCGCAACUCGCCAUCGAGACGACGCAGCAGCUCGCGCAGUCGCCACCGUUCCCGUAGCAGAUCGAGAAGGUCGAGGUCGCGUCGAUCACCAUCCAGAUCAAAGGAACGAAAGAAGAGAUCACCGCGCCGUCGCAGUCGUUCACGUUCACGAAGCAAGGGCUCUACAUCCAGGUCCAGACGUUCGCGUUCCAAAUCCAAGUCCAGAUCGUCCAAGUCCAAGUACGCCUCGGACAAGUCCAAGGAUAAAGAUCGGGAUAGGCGCAGCAAGGACAAGUCGGACAACGGUAAGAGGAGCGACAGCGAUCGGGAGAGGCCCGAAAAGGAGAGUAGCAGAAGCGAGAAGAAAUCCAGCAAGGAAAAACGGUCCAGCGACAAGUCGGAGUCCAAGUCGGACGACAAAGGUAGAUCCGCAUCGGAGAACGACAGCAAGGAGAAAACAGAGUCGGAAAGCUAGACGAAGACUCCGCUCACAACCGACACAGUUUUUCAAGCAUCUCGUUGAAUUCGAUAAGCUAUCUGUCUUUAUCGCUAUGUAUUGGUAUAGUAAAAAAUACACGGAUACAUGGCAUUUACAUCAAGAUUCUUUCGGAGUGGCGAUCCAUGCGCGUUGAUCGAAAUUUACCGUAGACUGGCGUGUUUAGGAAUUGACCUUCUUUUUCUUCUUUCUUGGAAUCGGCGGUGGCUUGACAUUUUUCUCUUCAUCUUCCGCUUUCUCGUUGCGCACUUCCAUUUUAGCCGCGUUCUUAGACGACCUAGGAAAACAAUCCAUCGUGAUCUCUCAAUUGGACAAGCUUGGUCAAAAGCAUCUUUAACCAUUAGUUAUAUUAAGCUAAACGGUUUGCGAGAUAAAAGUAGUACCAAUGUUUUAAGUAUUAAUAAUUGUGUUUCAAUAACUAUUGUAACCGAUUAUAGGAGUUCAGUGUGCCUGUUAGUUUAAAUAAUUAAUUGAUCUGAUUUAUUACAAUACAUUAAAAAGUAUUGUAGUACUUUUGCCCAGGAUUGUAUAAAAAUCGAUAAACAAUAAAAAUACGGGUAUAACACAUACGACCUAUAAAUCACGAGCAAAAUGUAUUCCCUUGAAGAAUGUAAUCUGAAUUAUUGCUAGGUUUUUGUUUAGUAAGCGAGCGUACCCUGCGAUAUCCUGGUUUUCGUAAACCACCACGUCGUCGUAGAUUUCCAUCUUCAUGGGAAUUGGCGCGCGGAAAAGCGAUUUCUUUUGCACGUUUUUUAUGGUCGAUCGUCUCUUUAGCACUACCUGCAACCGUUAUAUUUUUUAAUUAAGUUGUCAAUCUCUUUAUCAUGGAAACAUUUUUUUUAUGAUCUUCCUCACCAUUCCCGUGUUUUUGUUUUGUGAAGAAAGCGAAGUCAUUUCCAUCGAGUCAUUCAUGUGUACCUUACUACGCAGCAUAUCGUCCACUUGACAGCUUCCUGUCGAUUAAGACAAACGUUUACUUUUUUAAAGGACCUAGAAGUAAAACGCUUCUGUGACAUUUUGGUAGGAACUAUUAGAAGGUACAAUUGCUUACGCAUUAUACAUUCGUCGUACUGGCCGAGAGGGUCUAUUUGCAAAAGCGUAGAUAAUGUAUUAGGAUGACGCAAGUCCAUGAAUAUCAUUAUAAUCGCCAGAAGAACGCAAAACAGACCUGGAAAGAAAUACAUUGACGAUAACGCGGAUGUCAAAUAUGUCGUAGAAAUAAUGUUAUCAAUGUGCUAAAUUGAACUUUGUUUGGAAAAAAAUAAAGUGAGUAAAUACAGUCUUA